UUUUGCAGUAAUUCCUUUCAAAAAUACCAAGAUCUACCAACCAGUGGAGCUGUUGAUGUUGAGCAGUUCACUAUCAAUGGAAACCAGUUUCUUGCCUUCGCCAACUCUAGAAAUGAUACCGAUGGAUACAACACAGAAUCUUUCAUCUACAAGAUGAACAACUUUACUGAAAAAUUCUCUCUCUACCAAACCAUCAAUACUAUGGGAGCAGAAGAUAUGGAAUAUUUUACAAUUGCUGAUAAAUAUUACCUUGCCGUUGCCAAUUGCCGAUCUAGAUCUACACGGCGAGUGAAGUCAGUAAUUUAUCGGUGGAACGGACAAAAGUUUGUUGUUUUUCAAAACGUUUCAACGAGAGGAGCAUAUAAAUUUUUUUUUUUCAAGAUAGGGAUUGAACCGUUUCUAUCAGUUGUAAAUGUGUACCAUGGAAAUGUAGACUCAGUCAUCUAUAAGUGGAGAAACAACUCGUUCUAUGAGUUUAAGGAGUUACGAAAAAACGGGCACUAUGGAGCUUCCGCGGCAUUUGUAAUUAAGAAUGAGACGUUUAUUGCUUUUGCGCAUGAUCGUUUCUUUUCUGUGUUCAAGUGGUCAGGGGAACAGUUCCUCGAAGAACAAUCUAAAAACACGUAUGGAGCACGAGAUGUGAAGUCGUUUAAAAUGAAUGGUCAGAUAUUCCUUGCAAUUGCAAACUCUGAUGAUGGAUCGAAAACCAACAUUUUUAAGUGGAAUGGAAAUGACUUUGUCUCAUUCCAGUCAGUUCGCACUUAUACGGCCAUUGCCUGGCAUCCAUUUGUGAUGUGCGGUCAAACAUUCCUGGGUGUAGCCAAUCAUGGUGGAAAGUCAGCUGUGUAUCAGGCCAUUGGAUCACGGUUCAUCAAGUAUCAAGAAUUUUCAACUCAGGGGGCUCAUGGUAUGACGUCAUUUAUGCACCGUGGCCACACCUACCUCGUUGUUGCAAAUGCUAUAUCUGGCCAAUACGAGUUCAAUAUUAACAGCACAGUAUACAAGCUAAUCUAA